GAUCACAUCGAUGGAAUAUGCACUUGUAAAUCUGGAUGGACUGGGGAAGUGUGUGCUGAAAAGUGUCCAGUAGGAUCUUAUGGGAACGAAUGCCUGCAACAGUGCCAGUGUGUUAAUAGAGGAACUUGUCAUCAUGUUAGUGGAGCUUGUUCCUGUGCUCCAGGAUGGCAAGGUGUCACUUGUGCUGAGCCCUGCAACGAAAACUUCUAUGGACAAGACUGCCAGGAGCGCUGUCAGUGCCAGAAUGGUGCCACAUGUGAUAAGCUGGAUUGGAGAGACAUGUUCUGAGAUGUGUCCAGAAAACUUCUUUGGCGAAGGUUGUCGAACGGAUUGCCUGUGCCAGAACGGAGCACAUUGCCAUCAUAAGGAUGGUCACUGCGAUUGCAGUCCUGGGUGGACGGGUGAUCUCUGCGAUGAAAGAUGUCCACAAGGUUCAUACGGAAUGAACUGUGAAUAUGGAUGCUUGUGUGAAAAUGGAGCUGAAUGCAAUCAUGUCGACGGCACUUGUUCAUGCCUGGCUGGCUGGCGAGGACAAUUCUGUACGGAUACCUGUGCGGAUGGUACCUUCGGAUUGAACUGUUGGACUGGCAUGGCAUGCAGUGCACGUUGCCAGGAUGGAUUUUUCGGACAAGACUGCCGACAGUUAUGUCAAUGCCAGAAUGAUGGCACAUGCGAUCACAUCGAUGGAAUAUGCACUUGCUGGAUUGGAGAGACAUGUUCUGAGAUAUGUCCAGAAAACUUCUUUGGCGAAGGUUGUCGAACGGAUUGCCUGUGCCAGAACGGAGCACAUUGCCAUCAUAAGGAUGGUCACUGCGAUUGCAGUCCUGGGUGGACGGGUGAUCUCUGCGAUGAAAGAUGUCCACAAGGUUCAUACGGAAUGAACUGUGAAUAUGGAUGCUUGUGUGAAAAUGGAGCUGAAUGCAAUCAUGUCGACGGCACUUGUUCAUGCCUGGCUGGCUGGCGAGGACAAUUCUGUACGGAUACCUGUGCGGAUGGUACCUUCGGAUUGAACUGUGAGAAUGAAUGUCAGUGUCUUAACGAUGGCGCAUGUGACCCUGUUUCCGGGUCAUGCAGCUGCCAACCUGGAUGGACUGGGGACUUGUGUACUGAGGUUUGCCCGACAGACACCUAUGGAUUAGGAUGUACUGUGGAAUGCAGAUGUCAAAAUGGAGGCACCUGUUUUCAUGUGGAUGGAUCAUGCAGGUGUGGUAAAGGUUUUAUUGGAGAAACAUGUGAACAAGAAUGUCCAGAAGGGUUCUAUGGGCUUGAAUGCUCACAACAGUGCCAAUGUGAAAAUGGAGGAACAUGCAACCACAUAGAUGGCUCAUGCACGUGUACUGCUGGUUGGAUAGGACUAGAUUGCAAAUCCCCUUGUGGAGACAGCUCCUUUGGUCUACAAUGCCGGGAAGUUUGCGCCUGUCGAAACAAUGCUUCGUGCAACCAUAUCGAUGGGAGUUGUUUAUGCCAACCAGGAUGGAUAGGAGAUUUGUGUGAAAACAGAUGUCCAGAGGGACGUUACGGCAAUGCUUGUAUGCUUCUUUGUGGUUGCACAAGUGGUGGAUUGUGUGACCAUGUUGAUGGUUCAUGUAAUUGUUUUCCAGGUUGGACUGGCAUGGCAUGCAGUGCACGUUGCCAGGAUGGAUUUUUCGGACAAGACUGCCGACAGUUAUGUCAAUGCCAGAAUGAUGGCACAUGCGAUCACAUCGAUGGAAUAUGCACUUGUAAAUCUGGAUGGACUGGGGAAGUGUGUGCUGAAAAGUGUCCAGUAGGAUCUUAUGGGAACGAAUGCCUGCAACAGUGCCAGUGUGUUAAUAGAGGAACUUGUCAUCAUGUUAGUGGAGCUUGUUCCUGUGCUCCAGGAUGGCAAGGUGUCACUUGUGCUGAGCCCUGCAACGAAAACUUCUAUGGACAAGACUGCCAGGAGCGCUGUCAGUGCCAGAAUGGUGCCACAUGUGAUAAUCUAGAUGGGUCCUGCCUUUGCGGACCUGGAUGGAUCGGGGAGUUCUGUGAACAAGCGUGCCCUUUUGGACUUUUCGGAUCUGGUUGUUUACAACAGUGUCGAUGUGCAAAUGGUGGAAGUUGCAGUAACAUUGAUGGGUCUUGUUCUUGUUCUCCGGGUUGGACUGGACAGCUUUGUAAUGAGAGAUGCAGAGAAGGAUUCUUUGGUCAUGGAUGUCAUGAAAUAUGUCAAUGCCAGAAUGAUGGUACAUGCGAUUACAUCGAUGGUUCAUGUACUUGUAAACCGGGAUGGACUGGACCAAGAUGUCACCAACCAUGUCCUCUUGGUACGUUCGGAACUGGGUGUUCACAGGAAUGCCUAUGUCAAAACGGAGCACACUGUAAUCAGACAGAUGGAACCUGCACUUGUUCAUCAGGUUGGAUGGGGGAAGUCUGUGAUGUUGGAUGUCAGGAAGGGUUUUAUGGACUUGACUGCAGAGCUGUGUGUUCUUGCGUGAACGGUGCGAAUUGUAGCCACACCAGUGGUUCAUGCUUUUGUGCACCAGGCUGGAUUGGAGAGACAUGUUCUGAGAUGUGUCCAGAAAACUUCUUUGGCGAAGGUUGUCGAACGGAUUGCCUGUGCCAGAACGGAGCACAUUGCCAUCAUAAGGAUGGUCACUGCGAUUGCAGUCCUGGGUGGACGGGUGAUCUCUGCGAUGAAAGAUGUCCACAAGGUUCAUACGGAAUGAACUGUGAAUAUGGAUGCUUGUGUGAAAAUGGAGCUGAAUGCAAUCAUGUCGACGGCACUUGUUCAUGCCUGGCUGGCUGGCGAGGACAAUUCUGUACGGAUACCUGUGCGGAUGGUACCUUCGGAUUGAACUGUGAGAAUGAAUGUCAGUGUCUUAACGAUGGCGCAUGUGACCCUGUUUCCGGGUCAUGCAGCUGCCAACCUGGAUGGACUGGGGACUUGUGUACUGAGGUUUGCCCGACAGACACCUAUGGAUUAGGAUGUACUGUGGAAUGCAGAUGUCAAAAUGGAGGCACCUGUUUUCAUGUGGAUGGAUCAUGCAGGUGUGGUAAAGGUUUUAUUGGAAAAACAUGUGAACAAGAAUGUCCAGAAGGGUUCUAUGGGCUUGAAUGCUCACAACAGUGCCAAUGUGAAAAUGGAGGAACAUGCAACCACAUAGAUGGCUCAUGCACGUGUACUGCUGGUUGGAUAGGACUAGAUUGCAAAUCCCCUUGUGGAGACAGCUCCUUUGGUCUACAAUGCCGGGAAGUUUGCGCCUGUCGAAACAAUGCUUCGUGCAACCAUAUCGAUGGGAGUUGUUUAUGCCAACCAGGAUGGAUAGGAGAUUUGUGUGAAAACAGAUGUCCAGAGGGACGUUACGGCAAUGCUUGUAUGCUUCUUUGUGGUUGCACAAGUGGUGGAUUGUGUGACCAUGUUGAUGGUUCAUGUAAUUGUUUUCCAGGUUGGACUGGCAUGGCAUGCAGUGCACGUUGCCAGGACGGAUUUUUCGGACAAGACUGCCGACAGUUAUGUCAAUGCCAGAAUGAUGGCACAUGCGAUCACAUCGAUGGAAUAUGCACUUGUAAAUCUGGAUGGACUGGGGAAGUGUGUGCUGAAAAGUGUCCAGUAGGAUCUUAUGGGAACGAAUGCCUGCAACAGUGCCAGUGUGUUAAUAGAGGAACUUGUCAUCAUGUUAGUGGAGCUUGUUCCUGUGCUCCAGGAUGGCAAGGUGUCACUUGUGCUGAGCCCUGCAACGAAAACUUCUAUGGACAAGACUGCCAGGAGCGCUGUCAGUGCCAGAAUGGUGCCACAUGUGAUAAUCUAGAUGGGUCCUGCCUUUGCGGACCUGGAUGGAUCGGGGAGUUCUGUGAACAAGCGUGCCCUUUUGGACUUUUCGGAUCUGGUUGUUUACAACAGUGUCGAUGUGCAAAUGGUGGAAGUUGCAGUAACAUUGAUGGGUCUUGUUCUUGUUCUCCGGGUUGGACUGGACAGCUUUGUAAUGAGAGAUGCAGAGAAGGAUUCUUUGGUCAUGGAUGUCAUGAAAUAUGUCAAUGCCAGAAUGAUGGUACAUGCGAUUACAUCGAUGGUUCAUGUACUUGUAAACCGGGUUGGACUGGACCAAGAUGUCACCAACCAUGUCCUCUUGGUACGUUCGGAACUGGGUGUUCACAGGAAUGCCUAUGUCAAAACGGAGCACACUGUAAUCAGACAGAUGGAACCUGCACUUGUUCAUCAGGUUGGAUGGGGGAAGUCUGUGAUGUUGGAUGUCAGGAAGGGUUUUAUGGACUUGACUGCAGAGCUGUGUGUUCUUGCGUGAACGGUGCGAAUUGUAGCCACACCAGUGGUUCAUGCUUUUGUGCACCAGGCUGGAUUGGAGAGACAUGUUCUGAGAUGUGUCCAGAAAACUUCUUUGGCGAAGGUUGUCGAACGGAUUGCCUGUGCCAGAACGGAGCACAUUGCCAUCAUAAGGAUGGUCACUGCGAUUGCAGUCCUGGGUGGACGGGUGAUCUCUGCGAUGAAAGAUGUCCACAAGGUUCAUACGGAAUGAACUGUGAAUAUGGAUGCUUGUGUGAAAAUGGAGCUGAAUGCAAUCAUGUCGACGGCACUUGUUCAUGCCUGGCUGGCUGGCGAGGACAAUUCUGUACGGAUACCUGUGCGGAUGGUACCUUCGGAUUGAACUGUGAGAAUGAAUGUCAGUGUCUUAACGAUGGCGCAUGUGACCCUGUUUCCGGGUCAUGCAGCUGCCAACCUGGAUGGACUGGGGACUUGUGUACUGAGGUUUGCCCGACAGACACCUAUGGAUUAGGAUGUACUGUGGAAUGCAGAUGUCAAAAUGGAGGCACCUGUUUUCAUGUGGAUGGAUCAUGCAGGUGUGGUAAAGGUUUUAUUGGAGAAACAUGUGAACAAGAAUGUCCAGAAGGGUUCUAUGGGCUUGAAUGCUCACAACAGUGCCAAUGUGAAAAUGGAGGAACAUGCAACCACAUAGAUGGCUCAUGCACGUGUACUGCUGGUUGGAUAGGACUAGAUUGCAAAUCCCCUUGUGGAGACAGCUCCUUUGGUCUACAAUGCCGGGAAGUUUGCGCCUGUCGAAACAAUGCUUCGUGCAACCAUAUCGAUGGGAGUUGUUUAUGCCAACCAGGAUGGAUAGGAGAUUUGUGUGAAAACAGAUGUCCAGAGGGACGUUACGGCAAUGCUUGUAUGCUUCUUUGUGGUUGCACAAGUGGUGGAUUGUGUGACCAUGUUGAUGGUUCAUGUAAUUGUUUUCCAGGUUGGACUGGCAUGGCAUGCAGUGCACGUUGCCAGGAUGGAUUUUUCGGACAAGACUGCCGACAGUUAUGUCAAUGCCAGAAUGAUGGCACAUGCGAUCACAUCGAUGGAAUAUGCACUUGUAAAUCUGGAUGGACUGGGGAAGUGUGUGCUGAAAAGUGUCCAGUAGGAUAUUAUGGGAACGAAUGCCUGCAACAGUGCCAGUGUGUUAAUAGAGGAACUUGUCAUCAUGUUAGUGGAGCUUGUUCCUGUGCUCCAGGAUGGCAAGGUGUCACUUGUGCUGAGCCCUGCAACGAAAACUUCUAUGGACAAGACUGCCAGGAGCGCUGUCAGUGCCAGAAUGGUGCCACAUGUGAUAAUCUAGAUGGGUCCUGCCUUUGCGGACCUGGAUGGAUCGGGGAGUUCUGUGAACAAGCGUGCCCUUUUGGACUUUUCGGAUCUGGUUGUUUACAACAGUGUCGAUGUGCAAAUGGUGGAAGUUGCAGUAACAUUGAUGGGUCUUGUUCUUGUUCUCCGGGUUGGACUGGACAGCUUUGUAAUGAGAGAUGCAGAGAAGGAUUCUUUGGUCAUGGAUGUCAUGAAAUAUGUCAAUGCCAGAAUGAUGGUACAUGCGAUCACAUCAAUGGUUCAUGUACUUGUGAACCGGGAUGGACUAGAGCCAUAUGCGAUGAAAGGUGUGUUCGAGGUUUCUUUGGAAAAGAUUGUCUUGAACUUUGCGUGUGCCAGAAUAAUUCAUCAUGCAGCCACAUCGAUGGAUCAUGUACCUGUUCGUCCGGAUGGAUUGGUGACAUAUGUGAUCAGAAAUGUCCAGAGGGAUUCUUUGGUAGUGAGUGCUUAGGGCGAUGUCAUUGUGAAAUUGGUGGAGCUUGCCAUCAUGUCGAUGGAUCAUGCUCCUGUAAACCAGGCUGGAUUGGACCUACGUGUAGAGACUGGUGUGAAGAGGGUUUCUAUGGCCAAGAUUGUCAAGAAACAUGCUUGUGCCAGAAUUACGGAACGUGUCACCAUGUCACUGGAUUCUGUAUUUGCCAAUCUGGAUUCAUAGGAUCCAUGUGUGAAGAAACAUGUCCUCCAGGAUAUUAUGGGUACAACUGUGUGGAUGUAUGUACUUGUCAUAACAUCACAUCGUGCAACCCAAUGGAUGGUACGUGUAAUUGUCCUCCUGGAUGGUUCGGUUUACAGUGUAAUGAAUCGUGUUCAAGGGGUUACUUUGGACAUAUGUGCCAGGAGCCUUGUGGAUGUCAAAACGUUGCAGAGUGCAAUCACAUAGAUGGGGCGUGCACUUGUCAGCAAGGAUGGAUCGGGGAACUGUGUGACGAAAGAUGUUCUUCUGGUUACUAUGGUCACCAAUGUUCUCUUAUCUGCCAGUGUCAAAAUGGUGCCGCCUGUCAUCAUGUAAAUGGUUCUUGUGCCUGUUCAGCUGGAUGGAUGGGGGAGAUCUGUGCUACACCUUGUCCAGAAGGCCGAUUCGGUUCCAACUGCACCGAGCUCUGCCGCUGUGAAGAAAAUGGACGUUGUAAUGCUGCUGAUGGGUCGUGCUCAUGUGAUCGUGGCUGGGAAGGCAUGUAUUGUGGACAGCAGUGCCCUGAAGGGUUCUUUGGACAGAAUUGUGCAGAGAAAUGUUCAUGUCAGAAUGGCGGUUCAUGUGACCCGGUGGAUGGUUCAUGCUUAUGUAAUGCUGGAUGGAGAGGGCCCAACUGCGCUGAAAGCUGUCCAGAUGGCACAUUCGGUAUCGGUUGUUCCGAAGUAUGCUCAUGUAACCAGCACGGUACUUGUGACCCAGAAGUUGGAUGCGUGUGUGACGCAGGAUGGUUAGGACAGGGUUGUAACAGCGUCUGUCCUGAUGGCACGUAUGGUCUAAAAUGUUCUUCGACAUGCGACUGUAGCACGAACAGCUCGUGUCAUAAUGAACUUGGCUGCUUGUGUGACCCAGGAUUAACUGGUCCUCGGUGUGAGGAACUGUGCGCCAAUGACACUUACGGCCCAGUAUGUGCCCAUACUUGCGCAUGUAUGAACGGUGGAGUUUGUGAUCCCGUCCUUGGGUGCAUAGACUGUCUUCCAGGAUGGAUAGGUGUCGGGUGUAAAGAUCAAUGUCAAGACGGUACCUUUGGUCUCCAUUGCAGCUCGGUGUGUAAUUGUCAGCUGACUGACUUCUGUGAUCCAGAGACUGGAUACUGCCAAGACCUCUACGUUGCUGCUGUUGAGACCAAAGAGCCAAGUUCCAAACAAGACCAGUUAGGAGUGAUCACUGGUGUCACUGUUGGGAGUGCUAUAGUGAUAUUUGUUGUUGUUGCAGUAAUUGCCUACGUCAUUCGACGGGUAAAGCACCGACCACCACAAGCAAUUAACAGUGUUCCAAAAGCCACUGAUGGUCGUUCUCAUCGGGUAGACAUUAAUGGUGAUAAACUAGACGUAAUCAAUCAAAACUUAUUAGGCAAACCGGGAUCGCAGUCGGAUUGGAAGUCAACAUCGAAUGGUGAUACGGAAGAGACACGACAGCAGUACUUGGAAGGAAGCGUCGAGGUCAUCAGCGUUCGUAUGCCAGAGGAUGACAUCGUCGAGCGGGAAUCCAGCUUAUAAUAUCCUGCGAGUCAUUGUGUGUGGCUGCUCUAAGCAUAUAUUUAAAAAAAUGAAAAUAAUGCCAAAUCGUUUGUAGCUCCAUUUUGCUCUCUAAUGCUUUUAACAAAUUCGAUCCAAAUUGGACCAAAAGAUUCCAUGUGGAAAUGUGCCCUUCUUAUUUUCAUGCACUGUAAGCGAUGAGAGAAAACACUGUUCUUUAAUCCGUAUGAUUGUCUCGCCCUCUAGGCGAUUACAAUAACUCUGCAGCGGGAUAAUCCAUGCAACUAUUUGGCAAUGAUUCCUAACAUGGUUAAUGCUUUGCUACUUCAUAAUAUUUUGUAUAAUUUGUAUAAUAAUCAUGAUGAAAAUUGUCUGUUUAGUUAGUUGCAGUCCAUAAGAUGGUUGCAAGGUUCAUACCAAAGGAAUGUUGAUUCAUUUAGUUGGCUUGUUUUCAACGUGAUACGA